CUCCGAAUCCCGGCGCUUCGUGAUGACGUCAUCACGACGCGCCCGCCUCCGUGUCGCUCUUAUGUCAUCGCUCGGCGCCGCCGUCUCCAUGGUUACGGCGGGCAGCGGCCGAGCCGCGGAGCGGGCGGGGCGGAGAGCGGCAGCGGGACCGGGAGCGGCGAUGUACCGCCGGGAGAAGAGCAUCGCGCUGCGCGGCAGCUCCUCGGCGCUGUACAACAACCUGAGCGUGCUCCGCCCGCCCCACAGGCCGCUCGCCUUCCUCGGCUCCGUGCACGGCCCGGCCGUCACCGUGCUCAGCGCGGCCGGCGACGCGGCGGGCUGCGCCCAGCGGCAGCUGCAGGCCCGGGCGGGCGGCGGGGCCUCGCUCGUCACGCAGGCUGCCUGGUGUGUCCUGCCGGCACGCAUCCUGCUGGUGCUGACCUGUCAGAAAGGCAUCCAGAUGUAUGAAUCAGAUGGAUCCAUCAUGGUGUAUUGGCACGCACUGGACAUCCCAGAGCACCCUCCAGCACAAGCCGUGUUUGCCCGAGGGAUCUCUGCAGCAGGAGAACGUUUCAUCUGCGUGGGGCUGUCCUCUGGGAUGGUGCUGGUGUUCGACAUCCCCCACAAAGGGACCAACAUCACGGUGAGUGAGGUCCUGAAGGAGCACCACAACGCCAUCACCGACAUCGCUGCCGAGCUGGGCCAGGCACCGGCUGGGGCCGGGGACCUGGUGACUGCUGACGACGCCGGGACGCUGUGCGUGUGGAGCUCUGGAGAGGAAUUCUCCUUGCUCAACAGGAUCCCAGCCUUUGGCUGGACCUGCUCCUCUGUGAGGCUCUGGAAUGGGAUCAUUGCUGCUGGUUAUGGCAACGGGCAGAUCCGGCUGUACGAGGCAGCGACGGGCAGCCUGCGUGCCGAGGUCAGCGCACACGCCCGCUGGAUUUAUGCCCUGGACCUGGCACCAGCCACAGGAAAGCUGCUGUCGGGUGCGGAGGACUCCUUUGUUCACGUCUGGAAGCUCAGCAGGAACCCAGACACUGAUGAUGUUGAGAUCGAGCACUGCCACGCCGAGUGCGUCACCGACACCCAGAUCUGCGGUGCCCGUUUCUGUGACCCCGAGGGAAACUCCUUUGCAGUGACCGGCUACGACCUCAGCGAGAUCUUCUGCUACAGCCAGGUGUAACUGCGAGCCACGCGGGCUGCUGUGG